GACCCAGAAGAAGCAAAAGAGAGAAGAAACAAUGGUCAAAUUGGGGAGACAGAGCCCUCCGCUGGGCUGAGCAGAGAGAUGACAGCAGCAGAAGGCAGUGAGUGGAGAGCAAGUGAGGAGGACAUCAGCUUCCACAACUCCUGGGACUGAGAGACAGAGAGAGACACACAGAGAGAGAGAGAGAGACAGAAGGAGAAAAAGAAAGAGAAACAGAAAGAGAGGAUAUCAGGAACUAACCCCGAGGAUGUGAGACCCCAAACCAUCAUCGGAAGCAAUACAAAGAGAUUCCAAUUGCAAGAGUGAUGGGAAUUUCACAGACCAGAAUCUGUGUCCGAGACUGGAUUACUCUCCUCAUUCUAUGGAUGGCGGUGGCUUUGGGACUGUGCGCGGGGAUAACAGGGGCAGAGAUCUGCCCUCCAGAGUGCCGCUGCGAUAAAAGUUUCGUCUACUGCAACGACCGGGCUUUGACCUCGGUGCCCAGCGGGGUCCCAGAGGGAGCCACCGUACUCUACCUCCAAAACAACAACAUCAACAACGCCGGGUUCCCUGCUGACCUGAAGGGCGUGCGCUCCAUUCACACCGUCUACCUGUACGGCAACAAGCUGGAGGAGUUCCCCGUCAACCUCCCGAUGAACAUGAGGGAGCUUCACCUGCAGGAGAACAACAUCCAGACCAUCUCCAAGGAAGCCCUCUCCCACCUGCAGAGACUGGAGAAGUUGCACCUGGACGACAACUCCAUUUCCACCGUCGGGAUCGAGGACGGAGCCUUCCGCGAAGCAACCAACCUCAAGCUCUUGUUCCUGUCCAGGAACCACCUGAGCAGCGUGCCGGUCGGGCUACCGUUCGGGCUCCAGGAGCUGAGGCUCGACGAGAACCGUAUCUCCCUCGUGUCCGAGGUGGUCUUCAAGGACCUGGAUUUUCUCGAGCGUCUGGUUUUGGACGGGAAUCUCUUAACCAACAAAGGCAUCGCCAAAGGAGCCUUGGAGCAUCUGGUGAAACUGACUGAGUUCUCCAUGGUGAGGAAUUCCCUCACCACCCCCCCGCCCAACCUCCCCGGGAACUACCUGGUGAAACUGAGCUUGCAAGAGAACCAGAUCAGCCAGAUUCCCAUCACCGCCUUUUCGCACCUCCGUCGCCUCCAGAGGUUGGACCUUUCCAACAACCAGCUCCGCACGCUGACACAGGGGGUGUUUGAUGGGAUGAGCGAGUUAAAGCAGAUCCUAUUGAGGAAUAAUCCCUGGCAUUGUGACUGCAACAUGAAAUGGGUGACCAGGUGGCUGCAAUCGCUUCCGCCUUCUCUAAACGUGCGCGGGUUGAUGUGUCAUGGACCUGAGAAGGUCAGAGGGAUGGCUAUUAGGGACCUGAAUAUCAACCUGUUAUUGUGUCCACAUUCCCCCACCGCUGUCCCUCAAGUUACACCUCCACCUGCGGUUGUUUCCACUGUGAUUCCGACGAGUUUCAUUCCCGACGCCAACACGCUCAACGCUUCCAUUCUUCCCGUUGCUCCCAGAUCCACGUCGCUCGUUCCUGUCAAAGACCAGGAACCCGUGGACAAUAUUCCAAGCAGCCACCUGCAGCUCACUGUCCAGUUCGUGAAUGACACUUGCAUUAAAAUCAGCUGGCUGACCAUAUUUUCCGUGGCGAAAUACAAAGUCACGUGGGUGAAACUGGGCCAUGCCUUAAGAGGUGGCAAGGUGCACGAAAGGAUAGUGAGCGCGGAUAGGGAGCAGCUGAGCUUGGUGAAUUUGGAGCCCAAAUCUACCUACAGGAUUUGCUUGGCUCUGCUCGACGCUUCGAAUAACUUUCACCCAGAGGAUGAUACAGUUUGCUCGGAAGCUGCCACAAAAUCCUCGUCUCUGAACACAAACAUGGCUUCCAGCCCAGAGCAAGCAACUCAGCACAACCCCAGCUCUCCUCUGCUGUUGGCGGGGCUGAUAGGCGGUGCUGUCAUCGUGGUGCUCGUGGGGCUGCUCAGUGUCUUUUGCUGGCACAUGCACAAAAAAGGGAAAUACAAUUCGAAUGCGUGGAAGUACAACCGAGGGCGCAGGAAAGACGAUUACUGCGAGGCUGGGACAAAAAAAGACAACACCAUUCUGGAAAUGACUGAGACCAGUUUUCACAUAGUCUCGUUAAAUAACGAACAGAUGCUCAAGGAGGAUUUUAGGUUGCAGUCCAUAUACCCUUCUCCCAAUGGAGCGAUUAGCUAUACAGACUGUCACACUGGAAGCAACAGCAGAUACUGUACUAGUGGGGUUCCCGAUAUGGAGCAAUGCCAUACAUGACUGCUUCCUGACGUGGAACUUUCGAGAAACUGUUUGUUAAAUAUUGUCCGGACAGAUUGCGUUUGCCUACUGUGUAAUUUAUACAGUGUAAAAACAAACAAACAAAAAAAACUAUCUUUUCUAUUACAAAAUACGUAGCACCAAUUUUGUAAUGCGGUCCAAGUGGUUUUGAAAGAGAAAUUAUGAUUACGUAAGCUGUAUAGUUGUUGCUGUACAAUCAAAACUUGCCUUGAUGAAUGAGGUGUUUUUACUGUAUGGUGCAUUUAAUAAUGAUGGGUUUCAUGUCUGCGAUUUAAAGCAUAUACUCAAUGUUCCGGCAUUUCCUUCUGAAGACCAAUGGGUGGAUGGACAGUUGAUCUGACACUUUGAUUGACUGACGGGUGCACUCGAUGAGCUGUGUGUUACACACGAGCUGAAUUGGCUCUCCUUAAAAAUCAAGCGUGGCCCCAUCUCCCUUGUUCAAUACUGAUGAUUAGAUUUCCCCACCCAGCGAUGUGAUCAAUUGGUUUUAGUGUUCAAACGCUGCAGCAGUCGAUAGUUACACAUUUCGAGAGCCCAUUGGUGCUUUUUACUUCUCGUUCAGACCGGCUGAGCCUGUGUGUGUGUGCGCGCGCGUGUGUUGGGGUGAGGGGGAAGGUCUUUUUGUUGCAGUCUUAGUUGACAGCCUGGCUUGUUCUUUGUCGUGUGUCGUGGGGGAGAAAAAUAUUGUGAGUUGGGGUCCGAGGCAAUGAUUGGCGAUCAGUUCCUGAAAGUUUGUCACGAAAGCUCUGAAAUCAAGCACAUUUAUAUCAACGGCCCGUUGACCCUAAGCUAACAACCUAAUACUGUACGUGACAACUGUGAAGAAUUAUGGUGUUGCUUUGCUGCUGAGGUCUGUACCUGUCACUGUACAUGAGGCCAGCUGGUAGAUAGCCAUCGUGUUAAGUGAUUAGAAUCCAACAGGGGAGGGGGUUUGCACAGGUAAAGUCAGGUCACGUCAGCUAAAGCCUUCAAAAGCCUUCAAACCUUAACCCAUCUGCGGCUUUUCACCGACGCAGACACACAGGGGCUGCAGCUGGGCCGAGCAAUUAUUGUCGCGAUCAAAAAAAAAUGCUGCGGAUUAUUUGAAGCGAUUCACCCAAUGUUGGUUCAGCAGUGUUAGGUUCUUCGUAAGAACAGCAGCCUCGUGCGUCCAGGACGUUUCACAGAAAUCUGUGUCGCUCCUGAAACGAGUCAUUCUCAGCUUGUUUCGGAUGAAUUCCUUUAGCUGGGAGACUUUCUUUUUGUUGAAGCGUAAAUGUAGUUGUUAUUUUUCUCCUCUUGCCUCGUUAUUGCCUCUCCACCCCCCCACCCCACCAUCGCCCACCCUCCUCAGCCCCACCCAACAACCCUCUCUCCAUUCAAGAGCCGGGAAAGCGAGUGGUUCUAUCCCAAGCCUCUGCUGAUACUCUCCUAGGCUUCCUAACUAGGUCUGUCAGACCUUCCCUGAAGGGGAGAGCUCAGGCCUGCCAUGGCAAGGCUGAGAUUGAGAAGUUAUCAAGCGAGGAAACUGCAAGCACAACCCCAUUCUAGAAGGCAGAGUGCCCGCGCUCUAUUUCUUUGGCCAUCUGCCACUUUGAUUAUCUGUCCUUAACCGAGACAAGAGACAGCUCUGCAUCUUUCGCAUCCGUGGAUAAAAAGACAUUUCAGUGCCGACAUUAAGAGAAACAGCAGCGUUGGUAUUUAGAGCAUCUAAAUGACACUGUUAUAUUCAUGUACAGCAUUUCCACCUCUCGCCGUAAUGAGUUUAUCAAUAGAGGGUUAACAAAAUUUUUCACGUUCUGCCCAUCGGAAGUUCGAUUGAUUAUAUUCAAUUAAUCCACACAGUUAUAGACCUUACUCAGAUGCUCAUUACUCACUUUGCUGUACGCUCCACUUGGCGUAUGCUCUGAAUCUGAGUUCAUUUUGGAAACAAAUGGUAAACAUACAUUAAAUCCAAGUCGAACAGGACUUUCCAGAACAAAACCCAGAUUCAUUUUUUAAUGCCUAGGGCUGCUUUAAAGGACGGAUGUAACAAAACCGAGCACUACUUUUGUAAAGCUAACGUCAGUACGUUUGUGCAAAUGACGAUGUAAAAAAAAAUAUUUGGUUUGACUUACUUUUAGUUCCAAAGUUUUCCAUAGUGCAAAGGAACCAAAGUUCGUAAUAUUGAACCGCUUUGGUGUAUCAUGUACGUGCCUUGAAUUUAAAUCAUAAUGUUAAGUCCUUGAAACCUUUUCAUGUUUUCUUUUUCCUUUUUGCAAAGAAUGUACGAAUACAUUAAAGAAAACAAAGCGUUUAUGGAACAAUAAACAGCGAUGAAAGUUGAAUUUUUUUUUUCAAUUCAUUUGAAUAACUUCAUUU